GUUAUUGGCGAUGACAAACAGCAAUGGAGAAUAUAGAUGAAGUGAAUUCCCAGUAAGUUACGAGGCAAAGUUUAGACAGAGACUUAGGAGAUUCAACAAUGAAAGAGGAUAAAGAAAGGGAUGUUAAAGUGAGAGAAUGUCUUCCAACAAUUUAUUCGGAGAAAACAGUAAUAACUGUACAACCACACAGUCUGCAAGGUAUUGAUGGACUCCGCCACCCUAUGCCCAUAACAACAGUCGGGGACCUUACCUCAGCCAACCUCGGUAGUUUCAUUCCCCUCACAGGGUUGCAGUUUCUGGCGGGUGUCGAGAGGCUUGACAUCCAACAAACAGUUGAACUUCAUGAUUUGCUUUCUAAGAUAGAAUCAGAGAAUCGCUACUUGGUGAAGACUCCCGAGGGAGAGACACUCUACGUUGGAGCAGAGACGUCAAGUGACUGUCAGCGUCUAUGUUGUGGUUCAGCACGAGGUUAUCAGCUGACUUUGGUAGACCCCUCGAGACAAACAGCAGCGACACUCGUCAGGAGACUGGCAUGCUCUUGCGGCUGUUAUCUCCAGAGGCUAGAUAUCUACCUACCCUCCUGGGAUUCCCUGGGAAGUGUUCGGCAGGAGUGGACAUUCCUGGUCCCUCGCUUCUCUGUUCAUGAUCAGAGUGGCCGGAAGCUGUUUCUCAUCCAAGGACCUAGAGUGUGCACCUGUGCCAUGUACAAGGAUGCUACCUUCCAGGUGAUACACACAGAGACUGGUAAGCAGAUAGGAAGCAUUGCACACUACUGGGACCAGACUCUGGUCAAUUACAACCUCAGUAUAGUGUUCCCAUCACAGCACUUGGAGAAUAAACAGAAAGCUUUGCUCAUCGGAGCUGCCUUCUUGCUGGAAUACCUGUUUUUCGAACAAGCAAAGAAGACAAGAUGUUGCAGCUGUUUUUGAAAAUUAGAAUAACUUUAAGGGUUUUUAUCUUCUGAUAAAUUAAUACAGUUUUACACAUAAUUUUCACUUGGUGUAAUAGUAUAUUACAUUACUAGUCCUGAAAAUAGGUAUUUACCGGACGAGUGUGGUCGUUCCCAUGUGAGACAAAGUCGAGUACGGGAUUACUAUACUAGUCCGGUAAACACAUUUUGGACGAGUGGCGUACGACAUUUUACACCAUACUAAUAAAUCUGUACAAAUCCUUAUAUAUUACCACCGACUUAAGGACUAACAAUCACUAGUCAUAACCUCUAAGAGAGGUUAUGUUUUUGUUUAUAACCACUCAUUGCCAAAUACAGUAUAAUCAGCUGGUUGGUGUCUGGUAAAAGUCAUUAACAGUACAGUAGUACGUAAUGAAACCCCAUUUGAUAAGGCUGGCAGCAAAUAGCUGUUUUCUGGACUGUUUCCUUGCGUGGGAAGUUUGUCAAAACAGUGUAGUGUGGCGUAAAAGUUAUUACCAAAAAUGUAUAAAAAAACUUGAUUUGAAUCAGCUAAACAAAAAAUAACAAACACAAUUAAAAUAUUUGGAUAUACUAAAUCCAUGAAUACUAGUAUGAUUUUUAUUGUUAACACUCAUUUCAUUUGACUGUUAUGUAAAAAAAAAUUAAAUUACA